AAAGGUGGGCAUCUGAUAUGAGCACUUGUGCCAGAGGAUUGCUCGUCAAUUCCGAUAUUGCUGCUUUUUAACUCCCUCUCUCUCUCUCUCUUUCUGAGUCCCCCUGUGGUGAUUAUUUCAACUUUGCAUCUGACCCCCAAAGGCCUUGGCCAUGCCGCCCCUUCGGCCCCCAUUUCUCCUGACCCUGCUGCAACUUGUAGUCCUUACAUAUGUUACUGAUGGGAAGUACUACGGACAAAAUCAACACCCUCAAGCAUACCAGCAGCAGAUGCAAAUGCAACACCUCCAACACAUGGGCAUGGGCAAUGAAGGCUACCCCCAGCAACAGUACAUCGGCAAAGAUGUGCCCUAUAUGCCCUAUCCCCAGUACAGGAAGGAACUCCCCCAGAUGCCCAUGACGAAGGGCAAAGAAAAGGCUCGCAAAGGCGGUGGCUAUUAUGGUGGACAAGACAAAGGUCAGACAAUCCCAAGUGGUGCUGAGGGGAUUCCCCAAGGACAAUCAGGUCCAGUUGGGCCACCUGGGCCAGAAGGACCUAUAGGUCCACCUGGACCUCCAGGUAAUGGCCAACCAGGACCACCAGGGCGACCUGGACAACCUGGUCAACCAGGAGUACCUGGGAUGGGUAAACCAGGGUUGCCAGGACAACCAGGCAGACCGGGAGGACUCGGUCAGCUUGGACCGCAAGGAGAAAUGGGCCCUAGAGGUGAAUCGGGUCAGUCGGGACAACCUGGGCGUCAGGGUCCACCAGGACCACCUGGGCUGCCUGGAAUAGGAAAACCAGGAGGCCAGGGACUGCCAGGACAACCAGGGAUGAAAGGAGAGCCAGGGCACAAAGGACUACCAGGACUCCCUGGAUUACAAGGACCAAAAGGCGACAAAGGUAUGGGGCAGCCAGGGCAACCAGGUCAUAAAGGUCUACCAGGACCCCAAGGCCCUGCUGGACCAAGAGGACUACCUGGUUUUGGAAAACCAGGUUUGAAUGGGAUGCCAGGUCCACAAGGCCCUCCGGGAGAAAAGGGGCAUCCGGGACUGAAAGGACUAACUGGGCCACCAGGUGAAGGAGGACCACCUGGCCCACCUGGUCUACCAGGGCAAGGAAAACCAGGUCAAAAUGGUCUACCAGGACAGCCCGGCAUGCAGGGCGGGAAAGGUCAUCCAGGACCAUCUGGCUUGCCAGGGAAGCCAGGACUGCCUGGCUUUGGUAAACCAGGCCUCCAAGGACCAAAGGGUGAAAAAGGUAUGAAUGGCCCACCUGGACUCCCAGGACCAAACGGAGAUAAAGGCCAUGCAGGAUUACCUGGUAUGACCGGACCUGGUGGGCCAAGUGGUCAACCAGGCCCUCCAGGACCCAAGGGGCCAUCAGGAGGUGUAGGCUUACCGGGUCCAAAAGGAGAAUGUGGUGAGGGAGGACCUAAAGGGAUUGAUGGGAUCCGGGGUGACGCCGGUACGCCUGGAUUACCCGGUACUGAUGGCUUACCUGGAGAACGUGGAAGUCCAGGGCUGAGAGGUCCACAAGGACCAAGUGGUGCCAAAGGGGAAAAUGGACAUAAAGGCCUUCCGGGCCUGCCAGGUCCUUCAGGACUUCCUGGCCCCAAAGGCGAAGGUGGAUAUCCUGGAGAAAUGGGACCUCAAGGCCUUAAAGGAAUCCCUGGUAUGGACGGUGUAGCAGGUCCAAUUGGAUCACCUGGAAUUCAAGGACCAAAAGGAGAGUUCGGUCCUCCUGGUCUGCCAGGCGUUGCAGGUGAAGGCAUUCCAGGACAUCCCGGUCCUAUUGGACCUAGGGGGAAAGAAGGCCCAUCAGGACCCCAAGGACUGAGCGGACCACCUGGCCCUCCUGGACCCCCUGGCCUACCAGGAGAACCUGGGAUGUCUCCGGACUUGUCAGGAGUGCUUUCCCAUAUGGGCCCUGGACUGGAUGGUGAGAAGGCCGGUGGCUAUGGUAAAAAGGGCAAAUAUGGAGGAAAUGGUGCAGAGAUGGGCGUCAGUGGUAUGGAAAUGCCAGCAUUCACAGCCAUAAGGUCAACUCCAUUCCCACCUGUGGGAACCCCAGUGGUGUUUGAGAAGCCGUUGUACAAUGGUCGCCAAAACUUCAACCCUGAAACAGGAAUAUUCACCUGUGAACUCCCUGGCAUUUAUUACUUUGCCUACCACAUUAAUUGCAAAGGAGCCAACGUGUGGGUGGCCCUGAUGAGGAACAAUGAGCCGGUGAUGUAUACAUAUGAUGAAUACAAGAAGGGCUACUUAGAUCAAGCAUCGGGAAGUGCAGUCUUACCUUUACAACCAGGGGACACUGUACACAUUCAGCUGCCCUCAGAUCAGGCUGCAGGACUUUACGCUGGGGAGUACGUGCAUUCGUCUUUCUCUGGAUUCUUACUGUAUCCGUUGUAAGUGAAAAGUGAAGAAUAUUAGAUGGGGUGAAUUUUUGUUGCCAAAAAAAGACUCUUGAGUGGAAAUCUGGUAACGUCAUCAAUGCAGAUGAGAUGGUUAUCACAAGGAAAUAUGAUGGUCUGUAUAUAAAACCCACUUUACGCCAUAAGUCCAUGUGCAAUUUUAUAGAUUUGAAGGGAUAGAAUAACCUAUGAAAAGGCAUUCACAGAAGGCCUAAAUGACUUAUCGGAUUUCCUCAAACAGUUGUCCCCUUGAAUUGACACUCAGUCUCAAAUAAUCGCCGGGUGCGUCGGUAAUUUGAAGUCUGCUGUUAACUGAAACAGAUGUGCCAAAUUAGAGAUGUAAAACAGUCUCUCAGAUACAUUGCCAGAGUCUUGUUUUUUUGUAAACUAGACUUCAUGAUGAUGUUACAUUAUUUAGAGACUAGAUCAGAGUUCCAAUCGUCUCUUCAAUGUCACUCCACAAUGUUGUGUACAUUCCUACGCGCCUCAUUUUAUUCCACCUAGUCUGUCUCAUUUCUUUUUUCAUUUUCACCAUUUUGAUAAAAAAAAAGAUAUAAGUACAUGUAUGUAUAAAUUGUUUGAUAAUUUUCUAGGAAUUGUGUUUGUAUAAAUAAUAUGAGGACGCAGUAUGCAGAGAAAGAGUGAACAAAAAUAAUAUUCUGUUGCAAUAAGGUAGCAGCUACCCAAUGUGUCAAAGAAUGUGAAGUUCAGCCAAAAACAUGGACACAUCUUUUCAUUGUGUUUUUUUUUCUUUCAUAUACAUAUGCACCUAUUGCCUUUAUCAGUCAUGGCAUCAUAGAUCACAGAUUUCUAUUGGUCAGGGUUAACAAUAGUUUGAACACUCCAGUAUUAGUUACAUGUAAACACACACACAUACGUAUAUAUAUAGUAUAUAUACACACACAUAUAUAUAUAUAUAUAUAAUGAUUUAUUAUCAAUUACUAUUAAUUGUGCUUCUUUAAUCCUUACUCAUGCCGGCUUUGCUGUAACUCUGUUGGGGAUUCUAACUGAUUUGAUGGUAUCAUACGUAAUUGCGCUUCAGAGAAUCUAUAACUAGAUUCAAUACAACACCCACAUUUUUUUUUAAAUAAACAUCAACUCUACAUAGUGUUUACGUCAUAAAACAAUUUGUUGGAUUUGGCGUGUUGGAUACCCAGAAAAGAGAUAUUUAUUAUAAAUGUAAAUGUGCACGGAGGAAAAUGUCUUUUUAGAAUAAAAAUCAAACAAAUCAGAUUUAAAAAUGUCAUUCCUGAACAAUGCCACGGUAGAUGUUUUUUACUUCUUUUUUUUUUUUAACUGUACAGUCAUUUUAUUUAUGUAAUUGUUACUGCCAAUCUGAAAUGUUUAUCGUCAGUAAAAUGACACAUAAAAGGGGAAAAUUAAACUAAAUUUGAUGUGACAAUGUGUCAAAAGUGUGGAACGUGGGUGAGUACCUAUAAUGUCAGUAAUUUAUUAUUUGGACCAGUAAUUGCCUUACAUGUAAGUGUGAAAGGUGAAGGGGAAACUUUUGAAAAAAAAAAAAAGAAAAAUGUAUUUGUCCUUCCAAGCAUGGUGCUAAUAUUGUCAGUGUAACCUGAAUUAAUGUUUCACUGUUGUUAUGAUAAUUAUUUUUGUCUAUGCUGUUUUUCUAAAUAAAAAUGUUACUGAAAACUA